UUUAGUUUUUGGAUCUGCUGUCAAAAUUCAAAUUGAAAACAAGAAAAUUAUACCUUCACUUGGCAACCUGAACACCCUGCUGUUGGAAAGCAAUCAUAAAUAGACUUUCUGUAAUGCUUGAACGUCGCAGGAGAUCUCAGCUACGACUGGAUCCCUUACUUCCCACUCCAACAAAAACCACUACAAUGCGAAGGACCCGUCGAGUGUGCGUUAAUUUUGAGGCUAAUGAGCCUCUGAGAAGUCGAAGAAGGCGGAGAAGGGAGUUCCUGCAUCCCUAUUUUAUGACCUAUCCCCCAAUAUUUGACCCUAUACACGUGGGACAUCCUUGGGGCUUUGAUUUCUGCCCUAAUGAAGUUCCUUAUGGAUACGAUUUAUUUGAAAAUCGUUUAAAUGCAGGAGAACAAUAUGAAUGUAGUUCAGUAGGGGCCUUACCUACUACAGAAGAAACCGAAAAUACAAUAGAACCCGAAGUUGUUCAUGAUCUUAAGGAUAUACUGAUGGGAAUGAAUAGCUGUUUGAAGGCGGAAAAAGUAAAGCUGAUGAAACCGCAUCCAGAGCAGGCCAAUAUUAAUGAGGACCACGAGGAUCAAAUUCCUGAAUCCAAGGAAAGUCCUCUCUCAGCUCUAACCGAUAUUAUGUGCGAUACCAUAAGUAGGUUAAAUAACUUUAUAGGGAGUCAUUCUAAGCAACAGGAGUUUCAGUCUACUCUGAACCCAAUGAACCAAUUCAGGGGAGGAGUUCCACCUGUCCAUGUGUUCCAGCUACCAGUACAACCAUUGAUUGUACAAUCUCUUCCAUCUUGUGAAAACUAUCCUUCGUCUGAUUCCUUUUUUCAAAAGAAACCCCAACUCGAACGUUUGCCUUGGUUAAAGGAGCGAAAGCGUAAACGUCCCCUUAAGUCCACUACCUAUAUACACAUGCAGAGUCAGGGAAGUAGCACUGAUGACUUGCCAAAGAUUUUGGAAGCAUCAUAUUCGACACACAGCGUACCUAGACAAUCUACUAAGGAUGCUGGCACAACCAUGUGGUGCCCCAUGGAUUGCUGUAGGCGCUGUUGCGGCGGGGUCAGGAGUCAGGAAGGCCUUUCUUCUACAGAAGAAAGGAGACCAGAGGAUCCUGAGAUUGCAUAUUCCUUGAGAUCAACUGAUGUCUUUCCGCCUCCUUGCCUCAAGGCCCCACCACCGAGUAUUAAAUCAGAGGACGAAAUCGAUGCUCAGGGACAGUAUUAUCAUCCGAAGGGUGAAUCCAUCUACCUGCUGGGCUCUCCUCAAUCAUCUAGUUACAGUUCCAGUUGCGAUUAUCGUCAUGAGGCGGGAAAUCUUAGGUAUUCCUUUGUAGAGGAAGAGGAGGAGCAGGUGGAUGAAGAUGACUGGUACCGAAGUGCUAGCGAUAAGUUAGCGGAACUGGAAGUGGAGCAGGACUUUUUUAAGCAAACCCAAAUGACUACAAAAGAGCAAACCCUUCAAACAGACCCCGAAACCUCCAGUGAUAACAGCUAUGGAAAUAUAAUAGCCACCAGCGAUAAGGCACUCAGCACCACAGAACUAAAUCCUCUAACCCAGCGAGAACCAAUGAAAAUUGAGAGGAUCUGCAAGAAGUCCUCUUUAAAACAGCGUCAUAAGCUGAAAAGUGGUACAAGUACUCACAAAGUAAUGUUUGAAAAAGUGCUUCGCCACGAAGGAGUGCAGGCUGAACCGGAAAUGAAAUCCACGGGAACGGAUCCGAUUCCUGCCAUACCCAAGGUCAAGAGAAAUCCUUGCAAGUCCAUACGAUCCACUUUUAAGUCCAGAAGAUAAGCCAGGAAA